UAGCAUUGGCCCCAUUUGAAUCGGCUUAAAGUUCUCCUCUCCGACCACCCCGCCUUUUUUUUCAAGCAGCGCCACAACCACAAUGUUCCUUCUCGAUCUCUCUUUCUCUUCUCACCGGCUGGUCACCGGCUUCUCUCAUUCUCCGACCGUCCCCACCCCCUUCAUUCCCGAUUCGUUCGUCUUCGCUGCUUCGCGUCAACACUUUUCUUCUCUUCUAGUUAAGGUAGUGUUCGGGAAGAUGUCGAGUCACGGUGGUUCUUCUUUAAGGAACGGUUCCUUGUCCAAUAGCCCCACGCGGGCCAAGAAGAAAGCCUUUGGCUCUGAGCAUUCAACGCCUGACUUUAUUGCUCGUAAAACCUUUACCUCACCGCGCACCAUGGGAGAGAGAACUGUGAAAUCAUUGCGGCUUUCAAAGGCAUUGACAGUUCCUGAAACAACAACCGUCUAUGAAGCUUGCCGUAGGAUGGCUGCUCGCAAAGUUGAUGCUCUAUUACUAACUGAUUCUAAUGCUUUGCUCUGUGGAAUCCUCACAGACAAGGAUAUAGCAACAAGAGUUAUUGCUCGUGAAGUUAAUCUCGAAGAAACACCUGUUUCCAAGGUUAUGACAAGGAAUCCAGUAUUUGUCCUUUCUGAUACUCGUGCUGUGGAAGCCCUCCAAAAGAUGGUGCAAGGGAGGUUCAGACAUUUACCUGUGGUGGAGAAUGGAGAAGUAGUUGCCAUACUUGACAUAGCAAAGUGUUUGUAUGAUGCCAUUGCCCGUAUGGAAAGGGCAGCUGAGAAAGGAAAGGCAAUUGCGGCAGCAGUUGAAGGUAUCGAAAAACACUGGGGAACAUCUACUCCUGCCUCCAAUUCGACAUUCAUGGAGACUCUUCGCGAGCAGAUAUUUAAGCCAUCUUUGUCUACAAUUAUUCCUGAGAAUUCAAAGGUUGUAACAGUUUCACCAACAGACUCGGUUUUGACUACAACAAAGAAGAUGCUUGAACUUCGUGCAAGUUCAGCUGUUGUGACGAUUGAUGACAAACCUUGUGGUAUUCUUACUUCAAAGGAUAUCUUGAUGCGGGUAAUAGCACAGAGUCUUCCUCCAUCGUCAACUCUUGUUGAGAAGGUCAUGACUCCAAAUCCAGAAUGUGGAACAAUUGAUACACCAAUAGUCGAUGCACUUCACACUAUGCAUGACGGAAAAUUUUUGCAUCUUCCUGUGGUUAAUAGAGGUGGCAUUGUUGUUGCUACGGUUGAUGUGAUUCAUAUCACGCAUGCGGCUGUGGCGACAGCUAGUCAGGUCGGAAAUACGCCCAAUUUUAACAACGAAGCUGCCAACUCCAUGAUACAAAAAUUUUGGGAUUCGGCCAUGGCCUUAGCUCCAAAUGAGGAGGAUGAGGAUUCACAAAGCGAGGCUUCCUUGAAAAUGAUUUCCGAGGGAGGAGAAACAGGGAGAUCCAUUUCUUAUCUUACGUCAAGCAUGCAGAACGUAUUUUCGUUCAAAUUACAAGACAGGAAGGGCAGAUUGCAUAGGUUCACAUGCGAUACUCGGAGCUUGGCAGAGGUUAUAACUUCCAUCGUUCAGAGAGUCGGUGAUGAUAUUGACCCCAUGAACCUGCCCCAAAUUUUGUAUGAAGAUGAAGACAAUGAUAAAGUUGUACUGGCUUCGGACAGUGAUCUUGCUGCAGCUGUGGACCACGCGAAGACGGCUGGUUUGAAGGGAUUGAGAUUGCAUUUAGACUACUCUGGAACACAUGGUUAUGGAACUGAUUCAAGUUCAGUAAGUUGGAAAUAUGCUAAUUCAGAAGCAUGGGCAUCGGCAUACAGUGCCAUUGCUGCUGGAGCUGCAGUUGUUGCUGCCUUAGGUCUAUUGGCGUUUGUGAGGCGAAGUCGAUGAUAGGAAGAAGCUGAGUUGUUUUUGGGGGGUAGAGGCCAAAACUGAAGCCUGUUGGAACUUAGGAGGAGGGGCAUACUUUUAGCACUUGCCAAUCUGUAAGUUCUGACAUUUUGUAUAUCGACUUGUAUUCGAAUAUUAUACGAGAAAGGAAGGAACAACAUUUUUAUUCCGCUGUCUAUAAAUACUACUUGCAGCUUGUAAA